AAAAAAAACAUUUUUUUCUUAUACUUUCCUUAUACUUUUUUCUUACUUUAUUCUUGUUAUAUAUAUAUAUUAUUUUUUCAAUGGUCCUUCAGGCUACCAACACAAACAACGUCAAGGUCUACACAGUCUCCGGCAGCUCACUCAGCCGUAAGCUCCCAGACUGGCUUGCACGUCGCAAACAGCGCGAGCUCAAAAAGGACAUUGAAUGGACAACAAGGAUCGAGCUCCUCCAGGACUUUGGGUUCCCCGAAGCCUCCCUACGAAUUAAAACUACCCCUGACGGGCAAUUCUGCAUGGCCACAGGCGUGUACAAGCCGCAGAUCCGCGUCUACGAGUUCAGCGAUUUGGCGAUGAAAUUCGACCGACACACGGACGCGGAAAACGUCGACUUUGCUAUCCUCUCAGACGAUUGGACCAAGACCGUGCAUUUGCAGAGCGACCGCACGCUGGAGUUCCAUAAUGAAGGGCAGAUGCAUUUUAGGGCGAGGAUUCCGAGGUUUGGACGUGGAUUGGCGUACCAUAGCCCGAGCUGCGACGUCAUUGUGGGCGGUGCUGGCGCCGAAGUGUUCCGCCUGAACAUCGACCAGGGCCGGUUUAUGACGCCGAUGAAGACGGAGAUGACCGGCGUCAACGUUGUGCGCGUUAACCCGGCGCACCAGCUGUUCGGGUUCGGCGGCGAGGACGGGGUUGUUGAGUUGUGGGACCCGCGCGCCAAGGCACGUGUCGGCACGCUGCAGGCGCCUGGCAGCGAUGGAAGCAGCGACGCUGAGAUCACCGAGAUGAGCUUCCGCGCGGACGGGCUCGGGAUGGCCGUGGGCACGAAGGGCGGGCACGUGAUGCUGUACGACCUGCGGCAGGCGCGGCCGUGGCAGACCAAGGACCAGCGGUUCGGGCUGCCCGUGCGCACCCUGCAUUGGCUGGAGCCGGCGCGCGGCUCCCACGUGGACGCCGACGAAGCGCGUGUGCUGAGCGCCGACGCACGGUCGAUUAAGAUCUGGGGCGCGCAGAGCGGGCGGCCCUUUGCGGCAAUCGAGCCGGCGGCGGCAGUCAACGAUGUCUGCGUGGUGCCCGGCAGCGGACUGCUGCUGGUGGCGGGCGAGGCGGCCGAGAUGCAGAGCUACUUUGUGCCGCAGCUCGGCCCGGCGCCACGGUGGGCCGGGUUCCUGGAGAACCUGACCGAGGAAAUGGAGGAGUCUGCCAAGCAGACGGUGUACGAUGACUACAAGUUUGUUGCGCGCCGCGAGCUCGAGUCCCUGGGGCUCGCGCACCUGAUUGGCAGCUCGGUGCUCAAGCCAUAUAUGCACGGGUUCUUCCUGGACCUGCGCCUGUACGAGCGCGCCAAGGCCAUCGCCAACCCAUUCGCCUACGAGGAGUACCGCCUGCGCCGCGUGCAAGAGAAGCUGGCGGAGGCGCGCGAGAGCCGCAUUCGCGCGACCACAAAGCUGCCCAAGGUCAACCGUGCCCUGGCCCACCGCCUGCUGCAGAUGCAGAGUGCCGAGAAGAAGGCUGGGGAGGACGGCGUCGAGAAGCGCGCCGGCGGUCGUCAGCGCAAGAAGGCCAAGGCUGCGGCCGAUACUGCGUCGGCUGUUAUGGACGAUGCGCGCUUCGGCGAUAUGUUCAAGGACGACGAGUUCGAGGUUGAUGAGGAGGCGCUGGAGUUCAGGCAGCUGCAUACUACGCAUACGAAGCGUGCUGCAAAGCAGGGAGCCCGCGAGGAGGGCGAUUCCAGUGGCGAGGAGGAUGAGGUCGAUAUUCGCCAGAUGCCUGUGCCCAUGGGUGGCGCGAGCGACGACGAGGACGCCGAGUACUAUAGAUGAAUUGAUGCUUUUUUGUUUAAGGAGCUGCUGUGCCUUACAUGUGCAAAUGGUUUUGAUCUUGAUUGGUCGAGCUGGGUGGCUGGGUGGCUGGGUGGCGGAAUGGCUGGGUGGUGGAAUGGCUGAAUGGCUGAAUGGCUGAAUGGCUGAAUGGCUGAAUGGCUGAAUGGCUGAAUGGCUGAAUGGCUG